AUGCGGUCGGCUCUCGCUGCCUCAGCCCUUCUCCUGUCCAUCAGUCUGCCUGCAACACAUGCCUAUACCGAGGAAUACAAUGGCUGUUACUCCGACUCGACACCACUGAAAGAUCAGGGAACAUAUACAUAUCAGAGUGAUGGGUACUGUCAAAAGCUGUGUUUGAAGGACAACUACUCAGUCUUUGCCCUGCAUAACGGACAGGACUGUCUCCUGUGGUAACCUGCUACCUGCCUCGUCAGCAAAGGUUGAUGACAGCAAGUGUAAUGUCGCAUGUGCCGGCUGGCCUUCUGUGGAAUGUGGUGGCAGCAAUACUUAUUCCGUCUAUCUUACGGGCAUUGAGAACGACGUUGACCAUUAUUCGGCCUCGAGCACAAGUACCUCGACCACCGACAGCGAAACGUCUACAUCAUCAACCCAAGAAGCCCAUGUCGUCACUAGCUCUGGCACCACGCAAACCGUGUAUGCAACGUCCGGAACCGAAGCGAGCGCGUCUGCAACCGCCGAGGGUGCUACUGAAGCGUCACAGAAGAAGAGCUCGAGUGCCAACACUGCUGCCAUUGCGGCGGGCGUCGUCGUGGGUGUAGUGGGAGCCUGUGCUCUUGCUGGCGCUGGCUUCUUCCUGUGGCGCUUCAAGAACCGCAAGUCGCAAUACCGUCGUAGUGUUGGUGUGGACAACUAUGGCAACCCGAUGUCCCAGCACUCCAUGUCGGAUUCCCGUUUCGAUGGGGACUUUAUGGCCCAGCGCCGUCAGAGCAAUGGCAGCAUCGAUGACGAUCAAGACUUCUCGCGUCGCAUCCUGCAGGUGACCAACCCCGAUCGACGCUAG